ACUCAACAAAAUUGACUCUUGCGAGCUGUGUUUUUUUUUUAAUUUGAUAUUUUCCACUUGAAUUUGUUUUUUAGUUGUUUUCUAUAUCGAAGGUAAUUUUUUUCGGUAUUGUCUUAAAGUUUAAUAUGCUAAAAUCUUCACUCAAUUGGAAAUCAUUUGAGAAAAUUUAAAAUUUGGUGUGCCUUAUGGCAGCGGUUAGAGCCAACAUACAAACAUUUCUUUUAACGUGGACGGCACAACAAAGUUUGUUGAUAAAAGCUUGGAUAAGGCAACAAUUACCAUGGGUUCACUUUUUGCACCAGCAUUUAUUCGAUAAGAUAAAUGCGGUGCCGCAACGCUUUAUUUUGUGCUUUUUCGGCUUCCUCGCCAUUGUCAACGCCUACACAAUGCGUCACUGUUUGGAUAUCGCGCUGGCGCACGUCGUUACACCCAUGCAUAAGCACAACCGAAUGCGCGACUUGAAGUCGGUCAAGUUGAGUUCCUUUAAUUUAUACGAACGCAUGCAACAACAUCGUAACGGCACUUGGCUAAGUGCCAGGGAUAAGCGACGAGCUCACGCUGAAACUUAUGAUUGGUCCGACCAACUGCAAACCUUUAUCUUGGUAUCCUUUUAUGUCGGCUACGUGUUAUCGCAUGUGCCGAGUGCGCAACUCGCUAUGCGCUAUGGUGGCAAGUGGGUGCUAGCUUUCGGCAUAGCAAUAGCAGCAGUGCUAACUAUGCUCACACCAACAGCCGUCAAAUGGGGUGGCCCAUUGGCGCUCAUAUUAAUACGUCUAUUAAUUGGGUUAAGUGAAGGUCCUACAUAUCCUGCAUUGAGUGAACUGAUGUCGAAAUGGGUGCCAGCCAAGGAGCGUGCCACGCUGGGCUCACUCGUAUUGAGUGGUAGUCAAAUUGGCAUUUCAAUGGGUAAUUUUAUAUCCGCCUUGUUGCUGCAUCGUUACGAUUGGUCGUUGAUUUUCUAUUACUUUGGUAUUUGCGCUUUGCUCUGGUUCGUGGGUUUCACUUCGUUUUGUUACAGUGCACCAGAGGAAAGCCCAUUUAUUCAACUGACGGAGAAACAAUAUCUGCAAAAAGAAAUUCCUACAGUAAAACGGCGCAUUCGUGGUGGCAUUACGACUCCAUGGAAGGACAUUUUUCGUAAUUUACCCAUGUGGGGUCUAAUUUUUGCCACCGUACAAUACGAUUGGUCCCAGAUACAGUACGCCGCAGAGGUGCCACAGUUCAUAAGAGAUGCCAAGCAGCUGCCACUAGCGGAAAACUUUCUCAAUGGCUUGCAGAACCAAAUGCCAUACAUCAUGAAUUGGCUGCUAUCGGUGCUGUCGGGUGCGCUGUCGGAUCUGUUGGUGAACUAUGAGAUAUUCUCCGUGACGGUUAUGCGCAAAAUCAUGACAUUUGUUGCUGCAAUGGCUCCAAAUCUGUACAAUAGCUUACUACCUUGCUUGAGCUGUAGUGAAAAGGCCGAUAUAUUCGCUUUCUGCCACUGCGCUAUAAAUGUGCUUGGCAGUUAUUAUGCCGGCAUUAAAUUGGCGCCAUUAGAUAUGAGUCCGAAUUUCGCUGCUACACUAAUGGGUAUCGCAAAUGGCUUCGGUUCACUAACAGGCAUUGUGGGGCCAUUGUUCAAGCACAGGCUUGGUCGGUGGUCACAAUUUAAGGUGUCACGUGCUCUCAUUUGGCUUAUAUCCACUUUGCUAAUAUCUGGCGAAAAACAACCUUUCGAUCAGUUAAAACCUGUGUCAUUGGAAUCAGAUAAAAAUGAUUAAGUUAACUAUUGUUUUUUGUACCAAAUAUUAAAAAAAAAAUUAAUGCAUCUUAAUUGCAUGGUGAAUAUAAAAACAAAAAAUUAAUAAAGUGCAGUUUGAGUA